UGCAGCACAAUAUUUAUCGCUCUUGUUUUGACCGCCCAUUCGUAAUGAAGUCUACAAGUAUGCGAGUGUGGCAACACUGGGUGGGUUUGUUUUUUCAAUUUCUUUAACAAUUUCGGAAGAUUUUUUAGCAGCGGCCGCAUGUAUAUUUAAUUAAAUCGGACUCUUGCAUGCAGUCAAUAAAACCUACAAAGAAAUUCAAGUUGAAUUGACACUGAACUCGUAGUAUCGGUGGGAGGGUGUAUACUGAUUGUUUAUGUAAAUGGUGUGUAAUUCCAAAUUGCUAUAUGAAAUAUAUAUGUAUAUAUUUUUGGAAAAUUCGUGUGGUGCGUUGAAUCUAAGAAUAUAAAGUAGAAUUUUUUUUUUAUAUUUUCUAAAUAAAAAAGCUCGAACUACUCUCGAUAGCAUGAGGCUUGCGUAGAACAUAUGCGGUUGUCGUGGGUGUUUCAGCAUUUACACAAUUUAAACAUCGAACGAAGUCUAUAAAAAAUAAAUAUUAUUAAUUAAGCAAUGGAUUCGCCGCCAUCCAUAUCAGAAGGGACGCCACAACGUAAACGUUUAGGCAGGCCACCCAAAGCUACACAAACAAAGCCUUCUACCGAAGGUACAGAAGUGUCUGAAGAAGUGAGUGUGCAAAAAACAUCUGAUUUAGUGGAUAGCACAGAAAGUCCAGUGAGACGUAUGGAAAAUGAAAAUUUAAUGGAAAUUGAUGGUGCUGUGCUGGCUAUCUCACCAUCUACGUUGUCAAAUGUAGCCGCUAAUGCAGGAAAUACGCGUGUAGCUACUGCGGCAACUAGCAGCGAAUGCCGACGUAGUUCACGUAAAAAAAUAAUAAAAUUCGAUGUUCGAGAUCUUUUGAAUAAACAUCGCAAGCCACAUAAAAUUCAAAUAGAAGCACGUAUCGAUUCAAAUGUUCCACAGACACAAAAGAGCACUGUCACAGCGCCAAUGGGAGCUGCUAUUAGUAAUGAUGGCGCCGCGGUUUUAUCGUCAACAACGGAUUUGAGUAGUAAACAAAAAGCAUUUAUGGAGAAAUCGGCAAUAUUUCGACGUAUAUCAAUAUCAGAACAACAGAAUAAGAUAAAUGCACCACCACUACCACCACCUCUAACGUCUAUGCCAAAAAUCUGUGUGUUGGGCAAGAGCCCAAUUAAUCUGAAAAGUAAUGUGGACACACUAGUCUCAAUGGAUCCUGCAAAAAUUGCACAAGCUAGACGCCUAAGUCGAACACAAGAAAUAUUUAAUGCCAGCUUAAUGAAAUCGAAGCAGAAUUCUAGUCUCAUUGUCGCACAAAUAGAAAGCAACACUUCUGGCUCCAGCAGCGUAUUAAUGAGCUCGACUCCACCGCAGCAGAAAAAGGUUACAAAUGUUUCCAACAAGCGUAAAAGUACUACCAAUGCAUUUGUUUUGCCAACAACAACGGCUGAUGCCAAGAGCAGCCCAAAUGAAUUCGGUGUCCAAAAACGUAGAGGACGUCCGCCGAAAAAUAAAAUAGCCACUGUAGCGCAAAAUCCUUCAACAAAAUCAAAUCUGAAAUCAGCAAUAAAAUUAACUACAACUAUAGAUAAAUAUACACCGGAUCAACAAAAUCCUCCAACUGAAAAAUAUACAAACAAAAAGCCCGAAGAUAAAGAAAUCUCGAGUAAAGCAACAACUAAUGUUGCAACCAAUUGGAAGGAGUAUAAAGCAAAUUUAAAUCGUACUUGCCAUUUUUCAAGUUCUAGUGAAUCUUUGACAAGUUUUACACAAAAACCACAAGCACACACUGAUGAUGUAAUCUUAGAGAUCUCAUCUACUUCUUCAGUAUCAGAACAUGAAUUCCAAACGGUCGCAACGCCUUCCACAACCGAUGUACACGAAUCACAACAAAGGAACUUUGCUUCUGUAUGCAUUUUACAAGAGAGUCCAAGUAUUUGCGAAACUAUUUCAGCACCAGAGUUCAUUGUGGCCGCCGUUGAAGAGAUUACAACGGAAAAUGUAUCAACUGAUAAGAGCAUAUCCUUAGAAACCAGUACCGAUGGGAAUUUACAAAAGCCAGUUGUACUGGAUCUUGUAAAAAUAGUUGAAAGUAACUCAGAACGGAAUAUAAAGACCGCUGACAUCCGUAAGUCAAGUGGUUCAGAGUCAGAGAGCGGUUCGGAACGUAGUAAUAAAAGCUAUAAGAGUGGUGAUAAAUUGCGAGUUUCACUCAAACGUUUAGCAAUGCCACAGUGUGGAUUAUCGCCAUCCUCAGCGUCAAGUAGUUGCAGUGACGUCAUAGCUAGUAGCAGUACGGCCAACAGCAACAAUAAUAAAAACAACAGCGAUGAUAGCAGCAGUCCUAUAACUACAACUAGCACUGAAUUAAGUAAAGUAACAUUAAGUAGAAAUCUUCCCACAAGGCGAUCUCAUCGUCUACCUAAAAAAGCACUAGACAAUAAUAAAGUCAUUGAAGAAGAGUGUAAAACGAAUUUCGAAAUUAAUUCAAAUGAAAAUAUAAAUAAAACAGUUUUACCGCUGGAAAUUGCCGAAAACAAAGCAGAGAAACAAAGUGCACAGCCAUUUGAAAGUAAUACGUUAAAUGCCGUUAAAACGGUUAGCGAAGUUGUCAUAACCAAAGAAGAAAAUGAUAACAUUACUUCCAAUACGGUGGAAAAUACUAAUGUAGAAUUGGCAGCAACAGAGCAAAUUUUGGAUACAGAAAUAGCAAAGCCUAAAAUCUGCAUACAGGAAUUGCCUUCGGUAUCCAAUACAUCAAUAACAAUAGCAAACGAACAACAAAUAGCAGCCAGCUACGAAGAAUUGCCGUCCACAUCGAAGCGCAGCAAGAAAGGCGGUAUUACUUUGCCCUUGAAAAAACAAGUGGGCAAGUUUAAGAUGUACGAAGAAGCCUUACAUAAUGUGGCGGCGAAUGUGGAGACAAGCACUUUAUUGGAUAUCUUAAAUACCGUUAAACAGAAUAACAUAACAUUGGCAACGAAAACGGUGCAAAAUUAUGUAGAGCCAAACAGUGCGGAAUCAUUCUCCACAACUACUGAUCAAUUACAAUCGCCUACGAAUGUUUGUGAAGAUGCUAACACACCUUGUGAGAUUACAGCUCAAAAAAUAGAUGAUGUCAAUAAAGUGUUGCUACCAAACGAGCAGAUCAAAACUGAUGAAGAACUUACAGAGGCAGUGGAUUAUCAAGAUGAACUCUCAUGCGAAAAGCCUACGAUCGACCAGCUCAAGCAUGUCCAGAGCUUUGAUGAAAACGUUGGUUCUAUAGCAGAAGACAUCGAAAUUAAGUCAAGAACAGCACAAAUAGAAGAGACAAAGACUAAAGAAACUUUGUUCAAAAACAUAACCGAUCUUGUUGAGGUAAAGACUGAUGAGAAAACAAUUAAUGUUUGCCAUGAACCAGCAGUUGUGACUGAUAAACCUGCCCAAAAUGUUUUGAAAAUGUCUGAAACUACAGAAAUGCAGAACAUUUGCAAUAAGCCUGAGCAAGAGCAUGCGUUUGAUGAAAGUAGUUCGGAGGAGAUAAACUCCACCACAGAUUCGCAAUCUUCACGAGAUGAAUUGAAUAAAACAAGUGCUAAAAAGACACCCUCACCUAGCUUUUCAGACAGUUCCAGUUGUAAAUCGUCAAAGAAGCCAACUCGGCGUAACGAAAGACGGUCACGACGCGGUGAAACUGCCGGCCAUAAAACUUUGGAGGAGACAUUCGCUGAAAUAGCAGCACAAAGCUCGAAAGCGGUUUUGGAAUUGCAAGCCAGGAACGAACUUAACGAAGAUGUGCCAGAAAAUUUUGCCGAAAUGGUAUUAGAUGAUGCAAACAUUAGCGAGCAGCAAGUUGAGAUUAUCGAAAAUGUUCAUAUAAAUGAAAAUCCCACUGAAGUUACUUUGGAAGACGGCUCGACCAAAGGCAUUGAGUUGCAAAAUGAAGUGAUAUAUACGACUGAGUUAUUAGAAUGCGAUGUAAUUUCUAAUGUUGAAAAUACUGUCGAGGUAAUCACGUGUGAAUCAACAUCGGAAACAUACCAGAAAGAUGGAUCUUCUAGAGUGCAAUGCAGUGCACCGCAAGUUAUCAUAUUACAAGAAGACACAGAUAGUAAUUCAACUAAUUCUUCGCCUUCACGUCGUGGUCGCAAGGGGAGAAGUAAGAGAUCUCCAAAACACAAAUCUAUCAACGCUACUGACGCCUUAAGUGAAAACACCCAGAAAACCAUCGAAACGCAGGUGUUUAAGGCAACUAAUGUGCGCACAACAGAUUCGACUAUCGUGGGCAAUAUUUCCAAAGCAACCGAAACAUCAAUAUUAGAAGAAGAAAUCAACGAGUUGCAAGAUCAAGUCUAUGAUACAACCGAGAGUAGCACUACCGUACUCGAAAACAGUAAUACCACCGAGUUAUCGGAAGUGGAGAAUGUCGUUGAAAUCAGCACUCAGGAAAUCACGACACCAGCACAAGAUAGUUUUGCAAACGUAACUGAGAUCGGCUUAGUUGUGGAGGUAACAGACAUUCCGUACGCCUCGAGCUAUACUACAACAAAAACUACUCAACCAACUGAUAGCGAAAUAUCAAAUAUUUCGGUGGAUAAGUCUGCUAAUAUCAGCAGUCCUACAGUAGUCGAAACUAAAGAAAGAAAAAAAUCAACACCAACAAAAACUCGGAAGCCGAAAAGGAGUACAAAUGCUAAGGCGCAGAAAUCAGCAGAGGGCGAGCUUGAUGAGAAGGUUUUUGAGCCUCUUAAAGACUCUGUGCAAAACGUAAGUACUGAGCCAGAAGAAUCAUUUGAAAUUACGGUAGAAAAUGCUAUGGAAACAAAUAUAGACUCCAUUCGAAGUACAUCGUUAAAUUUAUCGCUUACAAAUAACGACUCCAUCGUCGAAUCCAAAUGCAGUACCGAAAUUAGUAACAACACGACAGUUCAAAAUGUGCCAGUGCUGGAAGAAGGUCAACAAUACGCAACACCCAUUGAAAAGCCGAAAAAGGUUAGAAAACGUAAGAGCACAAAGCAGUUAUCUGAAGAGAAAAUAGUCGAUACAAAGCCCGAAACUCCUACGGAAACUAAAAUACCAAGUAAAUCAUCAGAAGAGCAACCGAUUGAGGCAAAGGGACAAACGAGUUAUGCUGUAGAGGAUGUGGCAAAAAAACGAAAAAGCAAGGCAGCCAAUGAAACGUCUACUGGCGAUUUAUCUGCCGAAGUUUCUGACGAAGUAAGCGAUUCCAGUGCACUUGAAGCCGUUGAAAAAGAACUUUUGUCGAAAGCGCCGCCUAAGAAACGUCUACUGAAGAUGCAAAUGGAACUUGAAGAUAAAAGUAACACCUCAACCAUGGAGCUGCCAAGCACUAGUACGGCUAAUGUUGAUGCGAAUCCGGCAACUGCUAGGAAAUCUACAACUGACAACGGUAAAUCCAAAGACUCUGCGCAGAAAAAAUCGAAAAAAGAUAUUCAAACAUCUGAUGAUUUGAAAGAUCCGGCGACCUUGGAGAGCCAAGUGGAAACUGCAAUAGAAGAGGAAAGCCGCUCAGCGACAACAACGCCCAUGGGUAAACGUUCCAAACAAAAAAAAGGUGCAGAGAAAACACCAGAACACAAACCGAAAUCAGGUGGUAAACGAAAGUCCAAAGUGGAUCAAGUGUGUGGAAGUAACGAGAAAAUAGAUAUAAAAACUGCCGAUAAUAAAGAAAAAGAGAGAUCCCUGUCUGCGUCGAAGAAGUCUGAAAAGAAAAAAGAGUUUUUGGUCAUCGAAGAAACCGCAAGCAAUGAAUUAGCCAAGAAAUUGGAAGAAAAAAGUGCGAAGAAAAAAAGGCAAAAGAAAUUGAAAGAAGCAUUUGAGGCUGCACUGAAAGAUGCCUUAGACAAACCAGAAGCAUCUGCCGCACCUAUUGCAGAAAGCGCCAGCACGUCUGAAAGUGUUGUUGCGAUGGAGGAGGAAAAAGUGAAACAACCAGACCCAUUACCUACCGCUCCAACCACAAUAUCUAUUGAAGAGAAACAAAUCCACGCAACAGAAACUGCAGUCGAAAAGCUGCCUGAAACACCGGCUAUAAACGAGCCCGAAGAAGAACCAGAUCCCUUGAAAGAUAUUGAAAAAUUCAUCGAAGAUGGUGUAAAUUUGCUAAAACGUGGCUAUAAGAUUGAUGACGAUAGUGUAGACGAAGUUCUUUGUCCGAAGUCACUUUUACAAAAAGAAGAAAAUAAAACGGAUUCGGUAAGCAAAGAAGAUGAAACCAUACCGCCACUCGUGGAAAGUAUGAUAACUCCGAACGAAAGCAUAGCGGGCGAUGUUACACCAGUUGAGAAGUCUUUCGAAGAAGCUAGCAAUACACUCAGUCAGAGUAUUUAUUACGAAACACCCGUAGAUACACCCGUCGCCACACCAACAACAACCCCUCCACCGAAAAGUCCCAUUCAAGAUUCAUCAAUCGACGAAAUAACGGGCGUGCGACGUUCUCAUCGCAUCAAACAAAUAACGAAGACACCAAAAGCGCUCGUAGGUCGUGGUUUGGUGCGCGAAAAAGAGCGUUUCUCCAUAAAAGAUGAUGUGGAAAUGAAAACUCACUACAGCUUGGAUGAUCAUUUGACCGAUUUGGCUCAAGUGGAGGCGAAAAAUGCAAAGUUCCUAAAAGAAAUGGAGGAGCGCUUGAGUAAUUUUCAUGUCAUUAAAGAUAAUGAGUAUAAAUGUGAGCGCGUAAUCAGUAGAGAGGCACGUAAAAUGUUGUGUGAUUGUUUCUUGACAGCCGAGGAGGAGGAACGUGGUGAGUUGGGUUGUGGCGAAGAUUGUUUGAAUCGCCUGCUGAUGAUAGAGUGUGGACCCGAUUGUAAUGUUAAAGAUCGCUGUACAAACAAACGUUUUCAGAAGCUACUCUGUUCCCCGUGUCGCGUUUUUCGCACGGAAAAGAAAGGCUUCGGCAUCAUGGCCGAUAUCGAAAUAUUGCCUGGGGAAUUUAUAAUGGAAUAUGUUGGCGAGGUGAUCGAUGGCGAUGAGUUCGAGCAGCGACGCACGGCUUAUUCGUUGGACAAAAAUCGUCACUAUUACUUUAUGGCGCUGCGUAGUGAUGCUAUAAUCGAUGCCACAAUCAAGGGUAACAUUUCACGAUUCAUAAAUCAUUCCUGCGAUCCCAAUGCCGAGACGCAAAAAUGGACUGUAAAUGGUGAGUUACGUAUAGGAUUCUUCAGUCGCAAGUCCAUUAUGCCAGGCGAGGAGAUCACCUUCGACUAUCAAUACCAACGGUAUGGCAGAGAGGCACAACGUUGUUACUGCGAGUCGGCUAACUGCCGCGGCUGGAUAGGCGAAGAGCCCAACUCCGACGAGGGUGAACAGAUAGAUGAUGACAGUGAUGCGGAUAACUUGGCCGACGGUAGUGAUGAAGAAGAUAGCGAUGAUAGUAUCGAAGAUGCGCAUAAGAAAGCCGAAGCAAUUGCAAAUAAAUCAAUAAGUGUCGAAGAAGAUGGCAAAGUAAAAGACAGUGCGAUUAAGGAUAAGAAGAAGAAACUUGGCGAAGAUACAGACGAAGAGUUGAAAGCUAAACUUAAAAAGCUCGCCGGUAAGUCCACAGAUAAAGCCGCACGUAGAAGGAAACAAAAUAAAGAGAAGAAAGAGAAAAGACUACGUAAAGCUGGCGCGGGCGAACAAGCGAAGGCGUCGCGUUAUUUGGAAGAUCCUGAUAUUGAAGAUGAGGUCAAGUUUCUCAGUCGCGGCGGGUUAAGAAACCAAUCGGACACUUUACGCUUUUCACGUUUGGUUGUACGCGCAAAACUGCCACAGACUCGACUGAAUUUACUAAAAAUUCUACGUAACGCCGAGUUACCCUGUCGUCGUCUCUUCUUGGACUAUCAUGGUUUACGUUUGUUACAUGGCUGGAUGAGCGAAGAUGGUGGCGAUAUGGCAAUACGUCUGUCACUCUUGGAGGCGCUGGAGAGCUUGCCCAUAGCAAACAAGACUGUACUCACCGACAGUAAAGUUUAUCAGACUGUACGAAAUUGGUGUGGCAACGCGUUGCCCCCGAAUAGUGUACCAACCGGCAGCUCUGCUUCACCCAGCGACGAGUCAUCAAAAGAGAGCACGAGCAGCAAUUCACAACCAGAGUUAGCUACUACAGGCGAGGAGGUGCCAUCCGAAUUGCAGAAAUUGGCUUUGAAAUUAACCAGCGCUUGGAACAGUUUACCAGAAAUUUUCCGCAUACCGAAACGUGAGCGUAUCGAACAAAUGAAAGAACACGAACGUGAGGCUGAUCGACAGUUUGCCGAGUCGUCCUUGGAUACUAAUCGUUCCAUGAUAAGUGAUCGUUAUCAGCGCGAUCGUUUCGGGCGAGGACCCACCACAUCGCGUUAUUCCAAGCCAAGCUUUAGCAAAGAUAGUCGUAACCAUAAUAUAACGGUUGUAGGCUCAAUGACAGUCAGUGAUCCACGUCGACGUUCAGCGCAAGAUAGCAAUGGAAACAAUGAAGGCAUGAAACAUUUAUCGAAGGAACAGAGACGAGAGAUGUUUGCAGCAAAGGUUGCACGCGACGAAGCCGAAAAACGUUUGGCUGAGGAGCGUCGAGAAUUCGAAACGAAAUGUCGUUUCUUCGGUUUGGAUCCGAAAAAAACGCGUACCCAGGAUGUACCCUUCUGCGUGGAUCCUUCAACCGGCCAAUGGUAUUCUGUAGCCCGUCAGCCAAUACCCACCCCACCAUGUUACGCACACAUACAAGUGCAGCCAAAACCCAAAUCUACAGAUCCCGACGAUUAUAAACUACCAGCAGCGGUUGCCACGUUGCCGCGUCAAUGGAAAUACGCCAUAACGACGUUAGGUCAAAUAUACUACUACCAUGCCAAACAUAGGAUACCGCAAUGGCAUCCACCAACACCAGAACAAUUUCGUGCUGCCGCUGAAGAAGCGGAUAGCUCCGAUAGUGAGUCUUGUGAGGAGGCCAAGAUUGUGAACGAGAGUAGCGAAGAAGAUGAUGUGCUCAUAGGCAUGGAUGAGGCGCAACUUCGAGCUUUUAUCGAUAAGAAAGUAGAAAAACGUCGACACAAACGCUACAGUCGUUUGGUUGAUGAGCGACCCAUAAGCCCGCGCAAAGAGGAAGAUCGCAUUUACAAUCAAAUCGAGAUGCGCAAAUACAAAGAGAAUAAGGAGAAAAUACGUAAACGUAAGGAGGAAAUACGUCGUAGGCGCGCGGAAACGUUGAAAGCUGCGGCUUUAGGCGGCAUUGAUCCGAACACAUUGGCAGAAAGCUUAAAUGCAGAAUUGUCCACUUCAAAGGACAAAAGUGGUGAUGGCACUGAUGAACCGGAUGGUGCAAUACCCAUACAAGACUAUUUACUAUCAUCCGAUGAAGAGGAAAUUAUGAAAGAGGAAUGCAAUAAUAGUCCACUUUUGGAGAAAAUUGUACAAGGCGAUAAAAUUGUCGACGAAUUGGAUGCGCUCACCACAAAGCGUGCGCUCAAGCGCUCGCUGCCCCCGCAUCGGGAGCUCAAUGCACAGCCAGGGCCGAGCAGUGCCACCAGCAGUGGUAGUAGUAGCGGUGGCAGUGAGCAUAAACGACGAAAGUCGGAUAAGAAAGAUAAAAGCAAAAAGAGCAAAGAUACCGAUUCCAAGUAUCGUCGAAAUAAAGAAAAGUUCCGUUGCGAAAUUGCUGGCAUUAUUGUGCAACAUUUGAAACCAUAUCGUAAAGAAUCAUGCAUCUUGGGUCGUAUACAGAGCGAUGAAGAUUUCAAUCACUUGGCGCGAAAACUUACACACUUCGUAAUGGUUAAAGAAUUGAAAUACUGUGAGUCAGUUGGCCAAACACUUGUCGUAACAGAAUCCGUUAAGAAUAAAUCGCGCGAAUUUAUAAAAAAGUACAUGGCCAAAUAUGGUGGCGCUUAUAUAAAACCUGCCAACGAUCCGGAAUUCAAGGAUAUACCUUUCACCAUUUAAACAUAUUCAUCAAUUAGUUUUAAUUCAUUUUAACUCUGAUCGUUCGUUAAGUAAGCAUUCUUCACAAAAUUUAGAAAUUCAUUGAUUGGAAAUUAAGAGACACAAAAAUUCUUCAAUGAAUUAAUUGUGCAUUAGGCAAAACAUUUAUGUAUGUAGUAAAAAAUGAUUGAAUUUGACAAUUCACUUAUUAAUAUUAUAUAAAUUUGUUUUGAAAUAAUACGUAUUUCAUGUUAUCCACGCUUUGUCGCUAGUUUGAAAAUUAGUUUUGUAAAAUUGCAAAUAUUCUCUAAAUUCAUAUUUUAAUAUUCUAAUGAGUGGACUACAUACAAAAUAUUUAAAGAUUUUAAUAUUAUUGUAAUGUUUAGUAUUUUAUUUUUAGUUAUAAACCAAUAUGUAUGUAUACCGUUUUUGCAUCGUAUGUUCUACGGUGUAUUUUUAGAGGAUACGGAAAUAUUGUUCUUAUAUUAAAAAUGCAUUUCAUGAGCUAAACUUAAAGAAUUGUGUAAAAGUCGCUUUUAAUCGGCGGCAACUGAGAGAGUGGAAUCAAUAAAAAGUGAAAUAUCAAAAACAUAUAAAGGAGAA